CAGAAACUUACAGCGGACAGCAAGAAUUUACCUCGGUCGAAUUUUGUCAUAAACCAUAUGGUCAUUUGCUGAAAUGAAAACUGGAAAUGCUGCACUCAACAGGUCCGGCAGCAACUGUUGAAAGGAAUGACCGACAGCGUUGUGUGAUCCGUGUCCCGGCGCUGCCUUCACCAACAUGCCGCCACCUAGAAGCUUAAUUUACAAACUCUGGCUCCUUCUCCUGGGGCCCGCUGUUGGUCAGAGAGUGGUCCAGUCUCCUUCAGCCCUGACCCUUCUCCGAGGGCAGACAGCUCGGAUCAACUGCUCCCUGUUAUCCGGAGAGGAGCGGGUGGAUUCGGUGAGAUAUUAUUGGUUUCGGACACGGGACAAUCCUGGGAUCAGUAGAAACGAGUCCAGGAAGUUCCUGAAACUAGGCGCUCGGCUGUCCGUGUCUGACUCGCUGGUCAUUCGAGAGGUGACGGUGGACGAUUCUGACACUUACCAUUGCUCCGUGCUGAGACAGGAUCAAUGGAAAGCAUUUACUGGAAACGGAACAGAAUUAAACAUCCAAGCGAAGCCUGACGUCUCCCUCACUCUGGACCCCGAGGUGGAAGCUGCUGGGAUUCACACUCUGACCUGUGCGGCUGCGGGAUUUCUCCCUCGAGAUCUGAACAUUUCUUGGGCUGUAACGGGAGACGUCUCGUAUGAAGUAGAGGCGGGCCCGCUGUCGGUAAACGGGGACCGAACCUACAACCUGAGCUCCCGGCUGCGGGUUACCGACACUCGGCGGGAGGCAGGAGCCGUCGCCACCUGCCUGGUUCGACAUGUUACAGGGAGCGAGUCGGUGAGGAGAAGUUUCAGCUUCAGCCGAGGAUUCCCCAAGUAUUAUUUUGCUCUGUUGAGUCUUAUCUUCAUUAUACCGUUAUGCAUCUGGAUCAUUAAGAAUCAAUGCAGAAAACUGAAGAAUGGAAAAGAGCCAUCAGUCCAUGACAAAAAUGUUGAUAAUCAAAUAACGAGAAAACGGAUAAAAGACUCAGUAAACAAAGUUAACGUUUCUUUAAGCAAUGAAAAUCUGCAAUAUGCAUCUGUUCAUUUCAACAGCCCUCCAAAGGGGAAGCAAAAGGAGGAAUUGAGAAGCUCAGCACAGGCCCAUGCCACAGUAUAUGCUGCUUUAAAGGUCAAAGAUAAAAAUAAUCUGUUCUAUGAAGAACCCGUACAUAACUUCACAGUCAGCAUUUGUCCCACAUGAAACAGAACACAGACUGCUAAUUACUAUACAACCACAAACACUUCUUUAAAACAAUAUGCAUAGAAUAUAAGAAACAGAAACUUAAGAAGGUGGCAUGGCUCCUGAAACCUACUCCUUCAUUCAAUGAGUUCACGGCCGAUAGCGUAUCUCCAACCCAAUCCCCAAUUCCUUAGGGCUCAAAACCUAUUGACCCCAACGACUGAGCAUUGAGUGCCCUUUGAAGUAGGGAAUUCUAAACUUGGUGAGAUAUGUUUCUUUCCAAAACUAUUUUAAAUGACCGAUUCCAUGACCUGAAUCUUGUGGUGGACUGUUCCCGCAAAAGGGAACAGUCUCAUUGCAUCUACCCUGUCAGUUCCUCUUAGAAUCUUAUGUUUCAUAAUGAGAUUAUCUUUCAUUCUUCUAAAAUUCAUGUGAGUAAAGGCCCAAUCUGAUCAAUCACAGGACUACUCCGUCAUCUCAAGAAUGGGUCUCGUGAAUCUAUGCUUGACUGACUCCAGGGUAGAUUUAAGCUCUCUUUGAUAAGGAGAUCUGUGCUCAAAUGUAGUUUCAUAAUCUCAGCAAGGCUACCUAGAUUUUGAACUCCAAACUCAUUGCAAUGUAGAGGCAUUUCUCACAUACUUUCCUAACUGCUUGCUAUACUUGCACGUUUGUUCUCUACAUCUCAGGAACCAACACACCAAUACCUGAUCACACCAAUGAUUUUUACCUUCUCCUUACUUAAAAGAAUAUUGGCCAAGAAUUUCUUGUGAGCAAUGAAAUUGAGCCUGUCCUCGUCACCAUGGCCUUCACCACCACCCAACCGCCUUCUCUCACCACCCUGCACCUGCACAGAUCUUCAGGUAGCAACUUCAUCCAUGAUGUUGGCUCUGAUGUUCCACACAGACCGUUGCAAUAUAAAGCUCUUCACCAAAUACAGAUGUCAUGGGGCCAGGCUUAAAUUAGCUCUGACCACAGAGCUAUUUUGACAGCCAAGCAAGCAUGAGAUUAAUCAGCUGUUUUAGAACACUUGAAACACCAACACUUAACAUAGUCUUAAAAAAUUAAGGAACCCCAAGUAAUUCAGAAAGUUGUAAAUUACCUGAAACUGGCCUCUCUCCCUCAGAGCCAUUCCUGUCAAUGUAAAAGAAUGGAGUUGCAGAAUCUGUGCCAGGUCCAACCUGCAGCAAGUGCAGUGAACACAUUUUCCAAUGUAACUGCUAAGAAACUGCAAGAAGUUGGUGUUUCAUCACGAGGAGUCCAACAUCAGGGGGCAGCAGGGAAUUAGCUGCGAAGGUAUUUGGGACUUUUGCAUUCACACAUGAUGCCACAGGGGUCUGCAACUUCCUGACAAUUACAGAUGGAAGAACAUUUCUCAGGAAAACCUGUGUCUUCAUUCUUCCUACCAAAGUGCAUAACCUCAUAUUUUCCAACAUUAUACUCCAACUGCUACUUUCUUGCCCACUUGCUUUACCUGUCUACAACUAUUUGUGGACCCUUUGUUUCUUCCUCUAAGCUCAGUUUCCCACUUAGCUUUAGAUCACCAGUGCUCAGCCAUCUCACCUGAGCAAUCAAUAGAUUUGAAAGCUGAGAACCUUGUACUGCUUCCCGAGGCAGUCACUCAUGCCAACUUGCUAGCCUGACAGUGGCUUGUUUAUUCCACAUCUCGCUUCAUGACUCCCUGGUCUAUCCCCAGUGGCUCCAAUAUCUCAAAAUAGAGACAGUCAUUGUUCGUUUAAAGUAAAGUCCAGCAGAUUAUUGAUACUUUAA